AUGCGCAGCUCUGGGAGCGUGCAGCGCGGCGAUCAGCGGUGCGCUGUGUCCCUUGGAGAAAGAGCCGAAGAUCUGUGUCCAGUCAGUGCCACCUGUCAGUGUCCAUCAGUGCCAUGUGUCAGUGCUCAUCCAUGCCACCUGCCAGUGCCCAUCAGCCACAUGUGCCACAUAUCAGUGCCUAACAGUGCACAUCAAUGCCACAUAUCAGUGCCUAUCUGAGCUGCCUUUCAGUGUCACCCAUCAGUGACAGUCAGAGUGCCAACUAUCAGUGCUGCCAAUCAGUGCCACCUAUCAGUGCCAGUCAGUGCCGCCUAUCAGUGUGCAUCAGUGCCGUCUAUCAGUGUCCGUCAGUGCUGCCUAUCAGUGCCACCUAUCAAUACCAUAUAUGAGUGCUGCCUUUCAGUGCCCAUCAGUGAUGCCUGUCAAUGCCCAUCAGUGCCACCUAUCAGUGCCCAUCAGUGCAGCCUAUCAGUGCCCAUCACUACAGCCUCAUUAG